CAUUGAAAUAAUUUAGGAUGUGAAUUUAUGAAGUCAAAGUUAAGUGAGAUACAGGCCCGUUAUAACAGCCCAUAUACCCUCGUACACGUUGCUAGGCAACACUGAACGCUAAAAGAGACCUAGGCUUGAAUAAGGUCAAACCGACAACUGUAUUUAUUAUAACUGACGGAAAAAGAUUUGCUGCCAGAUGGCGGAGACGCAGCGCAGCAUCCACCUGGAGGGCGACACACACACAUGCUCUCAGGCCUCCAUCAAACAGAACAGGGACGCCAUCCUGCAGCUGAGGCUCGAGAACAAGAGGCUGCACAGAGAACUGGCCGAGGCUCAGACAGGUGAUGAGCAAGUCAUCAAGGAGGCCUUUCAUAACAGAGGCAUGGAGAAGGAUGCCUACCGCAACAUGUCAGUAAAGGAGGCCCAGGCAGCGCUCGACAGGAGAGUGCUGUCCAGCGUAAAGCGUCUCAAUGCGCUAAGGCACAUCACUGGGACCUACCAGCAGCACCUGGAGCAGCUGCAUGCGGAGUACGGGAGAAUGAGCUGGGAGGGCAGCAGUGAUGCUCACGCUCGGAGAGAGGAGGAGGCCGCCACGAGCCUGCGAGCGCUUGAGAUCGGUCUGGUGAAGAUGUGCUUUAAAAGCCACGGGGCCGAGAACAUCACGACGAGCUAUCUGAAAAUAAGAAGUCACUUGAAGGAGGAGAGGAGGACUUUUCAGGGCCAGUUGGACAGUCUGGAAACAGAAAUCCUGAAGCAUAAAGAACAGCUUCGCCGGCUGCAGGUCAAAAACAACGAUGCCCAGCGCCUUAAAGACGUUACCAAGACCCAAUUAGAACAGCAGGACAAGCUGCUCCACAAGGAGCUCAUAGAGAGAAAGAGUAUUGUAGCCAGCUUCAGGAGGAAGGUGGAAGAGGACACGUCCAAGGCCGAACGGAUUGAUACGGAGACACUGGAGACACAUAUAGGGUUGGAGAAGAUGAAGGCGAUGAAUGAGACGGUCCUGCAGCAGCUGAACGAGCAGAUGGAGCUUCUGAGCCGACGGCUCCAGGACAUGAAGGGUUCCAGAGAGGCCACACUCUCCAGAGUCCAGCAGCAGCUGGAUGCGCGUGAGCAGCGACUGCAGGCCCAUCAGCAGAGGCGUGACGCCGCCAAACGGCGGCUGGACUGGCUCGUCAGAGCCCUCGGCGCCGCCCGAGCCAGGCUCCAGCGUCUGGCGGGCAGACUGGGCCACAUCACCCAGAGCGACGACGCAGAGGCCGAGACAGACGGGUCUGUCGUGGAGCUGGUGAGCCGGUGCGACGCGAGGCUGCGGCUGCUGUGGGAGGAGGUGAAAGGGAAGGCUGCUGUUGGGACGGAGGCGGAGGAGUUCUGUGUCAGGACUGAGGGAGAACCGUCAACUUCCUCAGGGAGCAAACUCUGCGAGGACCCGUUUGAUGAAGAGGAGAAGACUGAGGACCAUGUUAAGGCCGAUCUCGUCUCCCUGGAGGCCUCUGUAGGCGUCAGUCUCAGCUGAUGCUCGGGUUCGAGUACAGAAAAUGGGGGAAGGGAAGUUUGUAGUUGACACAACAACGUCAGGGCUUUGAAUAAAAGUUUAACAAAACCUCAAGUUGCUUUUAAGAAUAAAUACAUACAGUAUUUCACACACAAAACAAC